UGCCGAUAACAGUUCUGGAUUUUAUUCGCAAUUCUACCCAGUCCGACCUAGAAGCGCAAUGGCCCUGCGAGGUGCGCUCGUACUGGCUGUCGUUGCGGCCGUUCGUCAGAUCCGUCCGUUUCUUGCUCCGCUACGUAACGCCGUUCAUCAUAAUACUCGUCUGCUGAGCGCACCUGUGCUAUGUGACUCCAAUUUGUCACUUUAUCUUAGCGCGCUCGCUAUAUCGGACAAUGGGGCGUUAAUAUUCAAUUACGCCGUCAGCGUCGCAAAGUCACACUCCACGUCCGUGAACGACCUCUUCAUGAACAGCAAGUUCUUGUGCGGCGCGAAUUCCGUGAGCAUGGAGCUCUUUCAAUUCACGUCGACCUGGCUGAUCGUCGCCCUCACGUGGACGCGCGUCAUCGCCGUGGUGUUUCCGUUCGGGGCCCGCGACUGCCAGAAUCGCUCCGCGAUUACAACCAUCACCAGUCUAGUCUGCAUAAGCUUCGUGAUAUCCUUGACGAAGCUCUACUCCGGCGGAUACGAGACUGACAGCGUUUUCGAAUUUGUGCCGUGCCAGGAGAAGAUAAAGCCAUGGGGCAGCGCCAUGUACCUAUACAUCGCCCUGUCCACGUGGCUGCCCUUGCUUUUCAUAUCGAUCGGCAACCUGCUGCUAAUCGCCCGCAUGAGAAAGUCUUACAAGAUCCACAACGAAUUAACUCAUAAUUUUAGGUACAGAAGCAACCGAACGCACAACUCGAGCAGGACGUUGCUCGCGGUCUCGAUAGUGCAUUUGAUCUUGCUGCUGCCGCUGGGAAUUGUCGAAACGUUGGAACUUUACUGGGACGUGAUUUUAAUCAAACAUCCGGCUAAUGCGGGGGAGAACGAGAGAUAUAUACACUGGUUGCAGGAGAAGAUGUUACUCAAGUGGUGCCACGGCCUGUGCUUUCACAUAUACCACUGGAAUUUCGCAAUAAAUUUUUUCCUGUAUUACCUUACAGGAAAGAAAUUCAGAAGUGUCGUGACGCAAACGCUGAAAAAUUACACGGAUACGUAUCUGCCGUGCCGCGGAAACGUCUUCAAAUGCAACACGUGGAGUAAUUGUCACAAACAUUUACGAUCUUGCGGUGCGUUGUUGACGAGGGCAGUUAUGCGAAACAAACAAUUCAAUAUGGGAAGAAGUAACGCAAACGAAAGAAACAGCAACGUUACCUAAUUGCAAAAGCGUCGGUGCAUCAGGAAGGAAAACCCUCUUCGAUAUAGGAGCGUUAUGUUACAGCUCACAUAUACCGGUCCUCUACGGCUACGGCAGAAAAGAUGCACAUACAUUCGACUCAAAGCGAUAAAUA